AUGCACCGGAGGUUCACUUCUAAUGAUGACGAUGGCAUUCGCCAAACUUGGCUCCAUCAAGAGAAGGCGAUCGGGGAAGUCUUGUCUUCUUUGCGGCGCGGGGAUAUCAAUGUGCUGAUUGCCACUUCGGUGGUAGAAGAGGGGGUGAACGUGCAGGCAUGCAGUUGUGUAGUUGGCUUCGAUUCUCUCAAGAGUGCCAAGGGUUACAUUCAAAUGAAGGGGCGAGCGAGGCAGAAGUGUGCCAAGUUCUUCGUUUUCAAGGACCCGGAGACGUGCCCUGUUCUUUCGCUGGAAGAUGCACAAAUGCUCUAUGUUCGGGUCCACAAGUUCAUAUUUUCGAUACCUCCGACUGUCAUGACCAAUCUUCCCAAGCAACUGGAGGAGAUGCGUAUUCCUGCAAAGCUUUCUGACUGUGAUGAGCUUUGGUCAGUAGAGCUGGGGCAGUAUUCAAGCAAAGAGAUGUGUGGGUCAGUUGACAUGAACACGGCAAAGUCGCUGGUCAACAGGUACAUCUUGUCAGUGCCAUGUGAUCCCAUCGCGCGCACAUCCAAAGCAGCUUUGCUUGCCUUUUUGCCUGUUUACACUGAGCGGCAGCCACCUCCCGGCACAUUUACCUUCCCAAUUGCGGAUAAUCACGCUGCCAAAACAAUACUGGGGUGCCUCGAAGAAGGAAAAGGAACAGGUGUUGGCAAUGAUGGCAUGCGUCCGGCUUCACAAGUACGGAGUGCUUAG